AUGGACUGGCAGGAGAAGGACGUGCUCGUCAUCGACGAGGUGAGCAUGCUCGGGGCGCGGACGCUACACGCGGUGAACGAGCAGCUCUGCCGGCUGCGCGGGUCGCACCAGGAUUUUGGAGGUAUUCCGAUCGUCCUCUUCUGCGGAGACUUCCACCAAUUCCGCCCCGUCCAAGAACGCUCGAUCCUCCUCCCCAGCACCGCCGUCUCGUGGGACGUAGACAGCUCCUUCAAGGCCGAGACACGGCACCAGCACGACAAGGCGCACGCGUUGUGGAAGAGAUUCACGACCACGGUCAUGCUGGACGAGCAGGACCGCUCGGAUCUGGACCUCCUCAACUCAAGAUGCUACCGGGAAGGCAGGCGGAUCCCGUGGGAGACGUGCAUCACCGUGGUGACGCCGCUGAACAGGAACCGGUGGAACCUCAACAUGGAGGCCAGCUUGGCGUUCCGGGCCCAGCAGCGGUCAGUGAUGCGCAUCUUCAUCUCGGAUCAUACGUGGAAGGAGGCCCUGCCGACGGAGGAAGAGGCCAUCAUGAUGCUGAACCAGGGCGACGACAGCGCGAUCCCGGUGCCGGCCGUCUUCAUGUUCGUGCCGGGGAUGCCGGUCGUCGUGAACCAUAACACCCAUCAGGGGCUAAAGCUGGUGAACGGCGCCGGCUACACGGCGCUGGAGGUCGUCCUCGACAAGUCGUACCCGGGGCAUCGUAUCACGGCAGACACGACGGUCCAUUUCGGGCCGCCGGCGGGGAUAAUGCUGGAGUCGGAGACGACGAACGACGUUCACUUCUGCCAGCGAAAGAGGCCGUGGCAGCAGAACGACGUCAGCCGAAAGGGCCUGCCCUGUACGGCAGCCUUCGCGUGCACAGACUAUAAAGUGCAGGGCAGGACGCUCGAGCGUGUAGCUCUGGAGCUGCGGGGAACGCGGACGUCAAACAUCGACGGACGCGCCGUGUCCUCGCAGUGCGACCCGUACAGCCUGUACGUGCAGCUGUCUCGCUGCCCGACGCUGGACGGCAUUAUGCUGGUCUCGAAAUUGCGGGAGAGGGACCUGGUGGGCAACAAGGUGCCAGACGAGAUGACAGACGCAGAAGCGAGGCUGGGCCAGCUGAGCGACAAGACUGUCCGCGAGGCCUCGGAUGGCUAG